AUGCUUGAAAAGACGUGUACUAUCCGCCCCGUGGUCCCUCCUGCGGAUGUGCUUAUAGUGGAGGCAGCCAUGAUGGUCGAAGCAGGCUCGGACCGAACCGUGGACGAGGUUUGGGUGGUGUUUGUCCCCGAGCCUGAGGCUAAGGUUCGGUUGAUGGCGCGGAAUGGGGUGACUGAAGAGGAGGCAGGAAAGAGGAUUGCUUCUCAGAUGACGUCAUCUGCCAGGCUGGCACAUGCUGACGUGGCCAUCUACAACGGUGCCAGCGAGGACGCCACGCAGCGCCAGCUGGAGCGUGCAUGGAGCGAGGUGGCGACGCAGCGAGCAGGCCCAUGCUUGGAGCAAUGGCAAGGAAACUUCACUAGGCUUCAGGAGCAAUGGAGAUUAUCUGCUCAAAUCACAACACACUCUAAGGCCGCGCCUUUACAGCCUCAUUUCGUGGAAGCUGCGCGGUCUGUGUGGACCCGCUGGGCGGCGCUGAUGUGGCGCCUGGAUGUGGAUGCUGAUGUGGCAGAGAGAUGGUUCCAGAAGCUGGUGUUGGUGGAAAAGGGGGUGAGGAGGGAGGAGGAAGGGGAGAAGGUGGCGGAGGGGGAGGACGGGCAGCAGGUUGGAGUGGCAGGGGGGUGGGUGGUAGCUGUGAUCCUCUCCUUCCAACAUCUCCGCAGUCAAAUCCAUCGUGUGGAGCGUCCCGACUCUCUCAAGCUCGCUCUCUUCUUCGCCCUCCAUUCCGCCUCCCUCGGCCUCCCCUCCCCAUCACUCCCUCCUUCCACUAUUCCACCACCCACCUCCGAUCACCCACCGGAUCACUCACCACCUGCCUUCCCAUCUCUCGCGCCUGACUCGGAGCUUCUUGGCGCCGGAGUGCUUGCUGCUGCCAGGGAGUCACUUCAGUGCUUUGCCAUGGAUGCCGGCCUUCCCCAAGUGUGUCUGGAUCAAGCAAUUGAUAUGUUGAAGUCACGAGAAGAUGGUGCUGCCAAUGGUUCCACCACUGAUAGAAGCCUGUUUUGGGAUCGCGCCUCACCCGGCAGCAGCGCGUCGCCCGGCGGUGACGCGGCAUCGGUCGAGCUGCAGCGCGCGUCAGCUGGCGGCGCAACCUCAGCAGACUGCGCCGCCUCUCCUGGCGGCGACGCGUCGGGCGGGGGCGAGCCGCAUCUCUUCUGCUUCGGGCUGGGAUACGUGGCAGUGGCGCUGGCGAAUGUGCUUCUAACGAAAGGCUGGCGUGUGUCAGGCACGUGCAGGAGCCAGGAGGAUUGGCACCGAUUGUGUCACAUGGGCGUACAAGCACACCUGCUCGAGGACCAGGGCGCUGAAAGCACCUUGUGUCUUUCCCAGGCCUCGCUCUCCGCCCUCCACUCUGCCACACACGUACUCGUCUCCAUCCCCCCUCUCCUGUCUCCUCGCCCCUCAUCCCCACAACACGUUGACGUGGUGCUUUCCUCCUGUUGCCAGCACCUGAUGCAAUCUGCCAGGCAUCGGCUCAGGUGGAUUGGAUACCUGUCCUCCACUGGCGUCUAUGGCGACUGGGACGGCCAAUGGGUGGAUGAGGACUCCCCCCCGCGCCCACUCACCCCGAAGGCCAUUGCUCGCUACGCCGCGGAGAGGGAGUGGCUGGCCUUUCAGGCACAACUGGGGGAGGCGUUAUCUGAUGCACUCGUGCAGACCGAAGCGUUAUCUGAUGGAAUCCAGCGGAGCGAGGAGGGCAGGUCUCAUUUGGAACGGAGCCAGGGAGAGGGCUCUGCUCUCGCUGUUCGUGUAUUCCGGCUCGGGGGGAUCUACGGCCCUUUUCGCAGUGCUUUGGACACAGCAGCAGCAGAGAUGCAAGCAGGGGAGGGGCCAUCACUCAAAUCGGCACCAGCCCUCAAUCCCCCAAGAAAUGGGCGAGCGGAGAGCAUUUAUGAAGGGAGCAGCGUCAGUGCCCUCAAGCUAACUUCCGAUGGGGAUAGCGACUCAAGUGGGAGCAGCAGCAGCAAUCCGGACAGCAGCAGCAAUGGGCUUAAGAGCAGCAGCAACCGCGAUCGCAGGCAGAGAAAGCGGUUCACGUCGCGGUGCCACGUGGCAGACAUCUGCGCUGCGAUUGGUGCCAGCAUGGACGGCCGUGGCAGCAGUCCAAUAAUCAACGUUGUAGAUGACGACCCGUCCCCUCGCCGCCACGUCAUGCAGUUCGCUCGCCAGCUCAUUGCCUCGGGAGAAUCAGAUCUGUACUGGCAGAAGCUGGAGGCUCUGCGGGUUACUCUGCCGCCCGGAAUCAUCCGGCGGGGGAGCAGCGGGCGGGUGAGAGGCGCUGAGCAGGAGAAGAAAAGAACGACGCAUCCCACUGUUGCCACUGGUACAGACCUAAUGGUUACCGCAUAA